CUCAUACGGCGGCCAAACGAGAUACGCUUCUGACCCAGCAUCGCGCCGCUAUUGAGUCAUCAAGAAGCGCUGGGCAAUUUUCUCGUCCCGUACCGACGAUGUCAGUUGAAAUCCUGCCGCUGCUCCCGCUCGCCGCCGCUAGUCGGGCCGUACCUCUGCGAAGAAAGCCCUCAGCCCACGAGCAAUGCGUUAUUUCGGCCUCCCCUUGCCUCUUCUUUCUUCUUUGCCAACUCCCCAUUGCCUCCUCGACCCAAAGCAACCUCGCUCACCCACGCUCAACAUGCUCACCGUUGCUCCCUCGCUUUGUGCGCUUGUCUACGGCGCCCUACUCGCCGCCGCCUCGACGGGCAUCACCUACCCUCUCGUUAAGCAACGCAUCCCUUCGGCAUUGGCUGAGCGCGCAGGUUCUGGUGCUAGUCUCACCAUCGACCCACCUCAGUACGCGUACACGACUGACAUUGGCAUCGGCAAGGCUACUUACAAGGUCGUCGUAGCCACAGGCACGCCGCAGACGACGCUCGGCAAGUCAGCAAACUAUCGCGGCGGCAAAGAUACUGGCCGAAAGGGCAAAGGCGCCCUCUCAGGGGGUCUGAACUACACCGUUAACGUCUACGAGGACACUAUCGCCGUCGGCGGGAUCUCUGCAAUGGCAGCUGUCGGCGCCACGGAUCAAAUGGAGGUCAUCCUGAACGACCGAGGCACCGCGACUCACCCCGUGGGCAUCUUCGGUCUCGCGCCCGACUCCCCGCUCGGCUUCAGUGCCAUCGACCAGAGCUUGAAGCCAUUCGUUUCCACGUCCAACACCGCUUUUGCCAUUGACCUCGCCGCCAACACGCUUUCUUUUGGAGACUCUUUCUCCCCGGGCUUCUGGCUGCCCCUUCCCACCAAGGGCAACGUCUGGAACGUAGACGGCACCAUGGACGGCAUCUACAACUUCGAAGCAGCCGCCAUCGAGUCGGCCAGCGACACCAUCUCCGUGGACUUAGCCGUGAGUGCAACGGCGUCUAUCUGUAGAGGCACUACAGCUGACCUUCUGUUCCGAGCCCACCCAGUCGGCAAAGAAGAUCUUUGCCGCCAAGAAGCUCAACGCGACGAUGAAGAUGAUCAACCACGCCCAAGUACUCGCCGCCGCCGUCGACUGCGAGCGUGGUGGUCCUUCCUUUACGCUUGGUUUCGGCGCAGGCAAGACCAUGCGCUUCGUGGGCAAGGAGACGGUAGUCCGCGAGGAGAACCAGUGCUUGUACGUCGUACAGGGAAUGCAGCUUGAUAUGUCGGAGUGGGUUCUGGGCUGGCCUUUGUUCAAGAAGAAGGGUGGGGUCGUCUUUGAUAUCAAACAGACGCGCGUUGGGCUCAACAUGUGAGAAUCAUGGCGAGACUGGCUACACAAGGCCGGCGUACCCAGGUGCAUUGCCUGCUCUCACGGUGGGAGUCUGAUCCACCUCUGCUCUCACGCGUGACGGACUAUCUUCCUCUUUAUAUAAUCACCCGAAACUUUCCUAUACACGAUCACCCGAAAUGCUAAUAUGUGCUGAACGCCA